AUUCCCAGAAACAUCAUUUUGGUGCUUGCUGCCACCGGGAGAAGACACUUGCCGGCCUACAGCAGUCUGGAUGUUGUUGAUCUUCUUCCAUUUGCACAUACAGUGUUGACUCUUCGACCUGCAGAGGAGGAGGAGUUCCCAGACCAGACCAGACCAGCACCAGCACCCGGCUUGUGUGCUGGGCUGAACCAGGCUGUGAAAACCUGUAGGAAGCAAGACCUCUUCACGAGACUUUCGAGGACCACUGAGGAAGAUGUUGAGGCGACGGCCUUCAAAUGCCUCAGAGAAGGAGCAGGUGCAGAAGAAGAAGCUCAGUCUGCAAAGGUCCAGCAGUUUCAAGGAUUUUAUGAAGCACAAACCCAGCAGUCCUGUGGCAUCAGACAAGGACUUCACUCUGGAGGAGAAUUCCCUGAAUGACAGCUCUUUUCAGGCGGCAGAGAGCGUCACAGCAGAGGAGGCGGUAAAAAGUGGCAGCAAACUGGGCAAGACAUGGCGCAACGUCAUCUCACGCACCAUGACUCGCAAAACGUCCAAGAUGGUGCAGAAAGCUCUGGCUGAGGAGGGGGGUGAGAGCGGUGAGGAGCUGUCUCCCGUCUCUGCUGACUGGCAUCCAGACCUGCGUGCAGGACAGAGGACGUCCGUGUGCUCCUCAGGGUCAGAGGACACCCUGCCCAGUCCCAUCUCCCGCCAGCUGUCCGGCAGCAGUGACAGACAGAGCCUGGACAGUGGAUACUGCCAGAGGGACAGCAUGAGACUGGAGGAGAAUGGCGUGUCAUAUAAUGGACCGUUCUGCGGUCGUGCUCUGGUCCACACUGACUUCAUUCCGAGUCCCUAUGAUGUGGAGUCACUCAAACUCCAGAAAGGAGACAUCAUCCACAUCAUUGAGAAGCCUCCUGUCGGGACGUGGACAGGGAAGCUCAACAACAAAAUGGGCUCCUUUAAGUUCAUCUACGUCAACCUCUUGCCGGACGAGAGUCCUCCCGUCAGGAGGUCACGCAGCAGCAGCAAGACCAACCGAGCUAAAUCCAAACCCAAAACUCUGGAGGAGGUGCUGGACACCAUCGGCCUCAUGGAGCUGAGCUCCUUGUUGUCCAUGCAUGGUUUCCAGAACCUGGAGGACUUCGCAGGACUGAAGGAGUCUCACCUCAACGAGCUGAACAUCACAGACCCAGAGCAGCGCUCCAAGAUCCUGAACACCACUGAACUGCUCAGAGACUCUGACGACGAGUCAGAGCCAGAGGAGGAGCAGAAGGAGAAGGUGGAGGAGGAGGAAGAGGAGGAGGAGAAGAAGGAAGACGCCAAAGAGCCGAGGGACUCAGGCUGUUUCGAGAGCUCGGAGAACCUGGAGAACGGACGCGAGGAGCCGAAGACAGACGGAGGUGAUGAGGCAUCUGAGGACAAGACGCACAAAGAAGAAGGAGAAGAAAAAGAUGAAGGAGGAGAGAAACACGAUCAGGAGUCAGGAGGUCAAGAGGAGAAGCGCACAGAUCCGAUGGAGGCUGUUGAGGAGCAGCUGCAGGAGCUGACUGUGGAUGACGGAUGCUGAAGUCGUGGACUUCAUUUAUUCCCGAGACUCUUUGGAACAAACGGCUCUUCGUUGUACGCGAGUGGACUGAAGGUAGAAAGACGAGGAACGAGGGCUGAAAUACUGUGCGAGAGGGACAGUCUCUGUCUUACUGUCGAGAAAAAGUCAAUGUUGUGUAUACUGUUGUGUUGUUGACAUUUUGUAGGGUUGACAAAGAAGAACUUUUUAGAUUUUUACUGGUGCAGCAGACGCAAAUAAAAAUUAAAUGAAAUGUAAGCUGUCAUGAGACUGUUGGACUUUCUCUCCGAGUGCUUUCUCGAGUUAUGUAUGAAUUAAAAUGUGUGUUUUUUGUUUGAAAUGCUACAAGUGAAGCAUUUAAACGUUUUUCUCUAAUGUUUUCACACAGUAAAGUGUCAUCAGAAUAAGAAUGUAAAAUGAUAUAUGUUCUCAUGUUUUUUCCGUGUAACUUGAAUUAUUCUCAUUACUUUGGGUUUUACUUGUUUUGAAAGUUAUUAGUCAUUUAUCCGACCAUGUAAAAAUGCUGUAAAUAGAAUUUUAAUAAAAUUCAGUGAUACUUGUAUGA